ACUACGACUACAGCCCACGGCGGCUCCGGCGGGGCAGCGGCUGGUGGUGGGGCAUGCACUGCACUACAGUCUACACGCAGAGGAAACGCGCGCGCGAGAGCGCAUAAUGGGCAACGAUCUCGUUUGAUUCAGUACACAGUAGUAAGGUUGCAAAGCCUCGCCAGGGACGCACUACAUCGAAAAAGCACGCGCGCGACACGCUGGCGGCUUAUACACAGCAGUUGUCGCGUACACAUACGAUAGUGACAGCUGGAUUUUUCACUCGCGCUGCGCCUUUUCGUUGCAGCUCUGUAGAUAAUAUCUAGUCCGACAGUCAUCGCAAGCAGACGACCCCUCGCCUAGUGUUGUCGCAGCCAGUGUCGCUGCUCAGACAAUUAUUUUAUUGUUAGAGUAGAAUAAUUUUUUCUCCAUACACGCAGGCUAAUAAUAAAGCAGAAACUACAAUGUCUGGGCGUACAAAUAUCUCACGACGUACAAGAGAUGUGCCAUCAACAUCUACAAAUGGUGCUCGUUCUAAGUCACAUCAAGAUAAUAGCAAUAAAUCAAAAUCAAAAUCACAGGAUGAUAUUGAUUUAGAUCACUUGACUCUGUGGCAACAUCCUAUCAAAACUCUCAACUACUUUUUAAGAGAACUGCUAAUCGACUGCCUUAGUUUUGCAAAGAAGACUUUUCAAUAUAAGAAAAUCGUAUUUUGUACAGUAACGUUUAUCACUUGUUUUUUCUUGCUGGGUAGAAUAUCAGGACCACAACAGCCUCUUUUUAUUGCAUGGGAAAGUCAAGUAAGAUGGUGGCUAUAUUGGGUAGGUUUAGGAAUACUUUCAAGUGUGGGAUUGGGAACUGGACUACACACAUUUGUUCUGUACCUGGGUCCACAUAUAGCAUCUGUUACCAUGGCUGCUUAUGAAUGUGGUGCUUUGAACUUUCCGGAACCGCCUUAUCCAGAUGAGAUUUUAUGCCCUAUAAGUGUUGAUACUAAUUGGACAGUAAGCAUAUUUAAUAUUAUGAGGAAAGUGCGAAUUGAAGCUAUGAUGUGGGGAGUCGGUACUGCCCUUGGAGAACUGCCACCUUAUUUUAUGGCUCGAGCAGCACGUACUAGUCGACAAAGUAGCAAGGAUCAGGAGUGUGAUGAGGAACUUAAAGAACUCGAAGCUCUCGAGGCACUUGAAAAUGGUGAAAAUAUUUCAAUUAUCAUGCGUGCCAAAUUAGCUAUGAAACAUUUUGUUCAGAAGGCGGGAUUUUUGGGUAUUUUAGCUUGUGCAUCUAUUCCAAAUCCAUUGUUUGAUUUAGCUGGCUUGACAUGUGGCCACUAUCUCAUUCCAUUUUGGACAUUUUUUGGAGCUACCUUAAUCGGCAAAUCAAUAGUUAAAAUGCAUAUUCAGCAAUUGGCUGUGAUAGUAGCAUUUAACGAAGAUUUAUUAGAAAAAGUAAUUAGUUUUUUGGUAUAUGUGCCUGGUGUGGGAACGAAAUUGCAAGAGCCAUUAAAGAAGUACCUUGUGGAACAAAAACGUAAACUCCACAACAAAACUGUUGGAAGUACAACGACAAUAUCUUGGCUGUUUGAUAAAUUCGUGAUGCUCAUGGUGUGCUAUUUCCUUGUAACAAUUAUUCACGCACUUGCGCGGAAUCAUCAUCGGAGACGUACAAAAGCUUCAACUGAUUGAUUUAAAAAUGUAGAUUUAAUUUUUUUUUAUAAUUGAGAGUGUAUACCACACACAGAAACAAAAUUAAGCAUAAGCAACCGCCGCAAUCUACCAUUGUUGAUCAUAAAUACGUAAUUGGCAAGGAGGGAAGAAGUUAUUGUAAAAAUAUAAAUGCUAACUCUUUCCGAAUCAAGUCCUCCAGAUAAUACGUUUCGGUGCGAUGCGAAAAAAGUCGGUUGUAAAGUAUUUCGUGUUUUUUUUAUCAAAAAAUAUAGAAUCUUCUUAAAGCUUUAUAUUUGUUUGUAAAUGCUUGUUGAGGUAAAAGCUAUUUUAGUGUUUACGGUAACAUUGCCCAAUUUUAAAAUGUAUCCUGAUAAUUAUAACAAGAUUUGAAGUUGAAUGCAUUUUUUUUGACGUCAAAAGUUUGACAUCUUUAAAAACGAUAAUUUUGAUAUUUGUGAUGCAAUCGUACAACUUUAAAGUACUAACUUAAGUUUACUUCUUCACUGAAAAAGCUGAUUUAACAUAUGAAAUGAAAUUAUUACACGUCCAUACCUUACACAGAUUUACGUUUUUGUUAUUUAUCGUAUAAUAUAUAGAAUGUACAUGAUAUAAUUUUCUUCGAGUACUUUGUAGAAUGUAGAAUGAACGAUUACAUUCCAAAAAAAUGGAUGAUGUGCUAGUUUUACAUGAAUAAAUGAGCUUGUUCAUAAUGUUGAAUAACGAUGUAUUUGCUUGAUGAGUCAAUUGAAUGAAGUAUGGUUAUAUAUAUAGCCUGUGUAUAAUCAUUCAUUACCAGUGAGUUAAUUUUAGGUUUAUUUUUUACUGUUAUUUGUUAUUUUUUGAGAUCACUUAUGAGCAAUUUUUCGUUUCACGUUUUUUAAACACAAAUUUCAUCUGUUGAAUAAUUAGUCCAUGAUUAAGAAAGUUAUUGAGUUUUAUAAAACUGCGUGUCAACUUUUACUAAAAAAUAAACGUCUGUUCCUUGGAAUAUAUUUCUACAAAAUUGCAAUUACAGUUUUUACAAUACUUUCUAUUAUGUAUUUAAUGAAUACUAGUGAUAAUUGUGACAUUUAAAUUAAUGUUCUAAUAAUGAAACAAACUUAAAUAUGGAUGUGUAAAGAAACUUCUUGUUAUAUAUUUCAAGUGAGUACCUACAAUGUUAUAAAGAUGAAUUUCUAAUAUUUAUAUUUUAAAAAAUUGUAUGGCAUGAUAUGUUUUGAAUAUCUAUUUCAUAUGUACACACCAUGUGAGACACAUUGAAUUCACAUGCAUUCAGUGCAAGUGUGAUCAUACUUGUAUAAACCAAUAUCAAUAUUAUCAUAAGCAAAUAAAACAUUUUUAAAUUUCAAA